AUUGGAAUGAGUUGAACUCAUAUUGUAGUUUCUUCCGGAAUGGACCAAAUAGCUAGAUUCGCCAAAAAAAUUUGCAAAAUAAAAAAGGAGAAAGGGAGUUGUACCAUGACUGAACCACCAUGGCUACUCAGACCAUCCACGAUUGGCUCAAAGGAAUCCAACUGGACUGCUACGCUCAACUCUUUGAAUCAUCUGGAUACUUUGAUUUGACACAAUGUAUUUCAUUGACAGAAGACAAUUUAAAUGCGAUUGGUGUUGGGCCGUUGGGUCACAGAAAACGCAUUCUUGCUCAUUUACCAGAUGCUGAUAUUUUAUUUGGUUUAGUUCCUGCCCCGCCCCCCCAGCAGUUAGAACAAUGUGUUGAUUAUGUUAAUCUGCCUGAUGGGGAUGAUUAUGUCAAUGUCCAGGAUGAUGUGGGAAAUGUCCCAGCCUUGCCACCGAAAACUGAUCGGCCUGCUGAGUCGUUGAGGCCAAAGCCAGCACCAAGAAAUCGGCGGUCGGUGGCUCGGUCGAGGGCUGGGUCUGAUAUGAAGGAGACAGAGCAGGAAGUGAGCUCACUGUCUGAAAAUAAUGGUCAAAGAAAGCGUCCUGUUCCACAGCCACGAGCCAGAAUGUCACCGGGAUUAAAGCAAAAACCGAAUGAUUCCUCUGCUGGUAGUUUUGAAUCUGAAAGUCUUGCAGACAGCAGGAACUCUCAGACUUUUGAGAAGUCAGGGUUAAAGUCAAUGCAAAAUGAUUUGGUUUGUGAGAGUUCAAAGCCAAUCCAUGAUACACAAUCGCCAGACAUUGAACUGGCAAGUCCAGAAGAAAUGAAGAUUUUUAAAAUUGGAAUGGACAGUGCGACAUCCACUGAGGACAAAACAGAAAAGGACUUUCUUAGUCGCUUGGCUGAAAUUGAAACGCAGAUAAAUGCUGACUUACUAGAUUUAGAUAAACAGAUGAGUGAUGAUAGUGAUGAUAGUGACACGGACGGCGUUGGGCAACCCCAAACUGCUGUAUCCGUCUCUGCAUUGUCUGGUGAGACAGAAACUGUUCAAAGCAGUGGCGGAUCAGUUGCAAAAUAUGGUGUGGCGAGUGAUGUGAAUAGGUGGCAAGAUAACAAUUCUGGUGGCCAUGCUUUAUUUAACACCCAAGUUCCAUUGCCGCAAUCGUUCAAUAUGGUUGGAAAUGCUCAGGCCAGUUACGACGUCCCUAAAUCAACAUUGAGUUCAUCGCCUGCUCUGACUGGUUGUGAUGUCCCAAAUACAGUAGUUCCUCUUCAACCUUGUUAUGACAUCCCAUCAGUCCCCGUGCCAGUGAGAACUAGGGAGGACUCCGAGUCUGAUGAGGAUGAGACAUAUGAUGUACCACCACCACCUCAACGCAAACAGGAUGAGACGUAUGAUGUUCCACCAUCUCCACUCCAAAUAAACACAGACGAGGAUCAGACUUAUGAUGUACCCAAUCAACGGGGAAGUGACAUUUAUGAGCCAAUUUGGAUUGUUUCAUCACAGGCUGCACAGGUGUCAAAUUCGGACCAACAAGAAGUAAAACCUAUCCAAACCAAUGCAUUGCUGGACUCCUUUGGUACCAGCAUGACUCUUGGUGUGUCACAAACUCUUUCAAACAGUCUUCCACCGAGUUUCCCGGACGGGAGCUCGGCUGAUCCAAACCAGGGUGGUAAUAUACUUGAUUUUUCACCUCCUGUGAGAAACUUUGAGCAGCUUCUUCCAGAACCUCCAAAGCUUCGUCCUAUGCCUGCUGAGCUGACUGAGUUUGACCCACUGCAGAAUGUGGACACAACAGUCAUGAGAUCUGCCGGACCUUUGGAGAAUGUCGGUGAGGAUGAAAUCUACGAUGCUCCCCCGCCUUCAUUUGCACCGCCAGCUCUUCCCACUCUACCGGUGCGGAAGGCACCUCCUCCCCCGGUGCCACCAAGGAUUACAGAAACACUACCAGAAACUCUAGGCCAAAAAUCUGACGUCGUUGAAAAUGUCUAUAUUGAGGGAAGCUUUGAUGAGUUCAGUAAAUUACGAGCAGAAUCAACAACAUCAAGUUUGGGGAGUCGGAAUUCCAUGCCGGUUCACCCUCCUCCACCUGUUCCUCUGAUGACCAGCCCAAUGACGACACCGACACGGAUAGCUCCUCCUCCACCCAUCAUGGAGGAAUACAGCCUGCUAGACCGAGACCCUUUCAGCUCAACACCACCAAAGCCCCAAAUGCCAUUCAAAGUUGCCUCAAUAUCCUCGUCCCCAAAGGGACGCCUUGAUUCAGAUGAUGAACUUGGAGGUGCUCGCAAGAGUAGGAUGGACUCAUUUGGUGGCGUUUCUACCGAUGACAACCUCAGCCUCAGCGAUGGUGGUGAAUUCAUGGAGUCAUGCGAGGACCUGCAUACAGUUAGCAAGAUGGUCGGCAUGAAACCAGCGAUUUCACAAAAGAGGAUACCCAUAACACAGGCAACUUCCAGUCAGCGGACUGUUCAACGUAGCGGCUUCCUCUUCAAACAGGACAGCGGCCAGCGUAUCCUGUCACCAUCUUGGACGAAGAGGUGGGUCGUAUUCAAUGGCGAUGAUCUCAGAUACUAUGAGGAGAAAAAGAGCAUGGUAUCCAAGAGGAUCAUCCCAGUAGCAGUGAUGAGGAAUGUUGAGAAUGAGAUCAAACAAGGCGACUCGAAGCCUAAUCGCUUCAAGUUGAAGACGGUCGACAGGAUGUACAUCUUCGCUGCUGACAAGAUAGACGAUCUGUUCUUGUGGACCAACACACUCAUGGAAGCUAUCAUUACAAACCAGGGCAAGGGUAUUGGGAGCCUGCCUGAAGGUCUCUGGAUGAACUCUCCUGAUCGUGAAGGCUUCCUCAAGAUGGACGGCAUGAAGGGAAAGGUGUUUGUGGCUAUCAAGGGAGAGAAGCUCUGCUAUUAUAAUAACAAAGAGGAUUUCAAAGUUGGCUCUCCAAUCCACCAGAUCGACAUGAAGUUGUGCGCUGUGAAGGAAGUGGGCAAGAACAAGAUACAACUCCCAACAAACUACAAGACUUUCAAUUUUACGUGUGAAAGCAUCGCCGAGACUCACAUGUGGAAGAAGGCCAUGGAGGAUGCCGUAGCAGAGGGCCUCUCGGAUACAAAGGUCGUUGGUAUCGUAUACGAAAACGAAUCCAACCAAUUCUGUGCCGACUGUGACGCGUCUGAUCCAAGCUGGGCCUCCAUCAACCUCGCGAUUGUCAUGUGUAAGAGAUGUGCUGGAAUCCAUCGACAGCUACACACGCCUGCGUCUAAAGUCAGAUCUCUCAAACUUGAUACUAAAGUUUGGACUCCAACUGUGAUCAAAUUAUUCCAUAUGAUAGGGAACAAAGUAGCCAAUGAAUUCUGGAUUGGAAUGAUCCAGGGCAUCAACAAGAUAUCUCCAGAGUCUGACGAUCUUUCACGCCAGCAGUUUAUAGAAACCAAAUAUCAGGAGCGCAAAUAUUGUAAGUUCCACCAUCUGAAAGACAACAUGGAGGCGCUUGAUGAGGCGUUGUGUAAGUCUGCUUUGACUGAAGAUGUGGCAGAGACUAUGAAGCUCAUCUUUUCUGGUGCUAAUAUGAUGUACAUUUCAGACAAGUAUGCUCCCCCUAUGACCUCUCUGCAACUUGCCAAAAAAGAAGGAAAGACACUUCAAGCAGAGUUUUUAUAUCACAAUGGUGCUGAGGCUGGAGAGAAGGUUACGCCAGGUCGAAGAAACUCGGAUAAUUAUCGACGUCGCAUUGUCACCCAUAAAGGAUACCUUUACAAAACAGGAGCAAACCAAAAAGCAAUGAGGUGUAGGGGUUACUUGUAUAAGAUCAGCAGUCGUCGGAGUGACUUCCUGAAGCGAUGGUGUAUCCUAGAGCACUGUACCUUGUGCUAUUAUCAAGAUGAGAAGUCAAUGACAGCCAAGGACAGUAUCGAGAGCAAAGAUAUGAUCAGUUUAUGUGUCACCAAGGUGGAGAAACAAGAGUACCCUUUUGAGUUGAAUACCACCAAGUACGGCGGACGUAUCUACCUAUUUGGUGCAGAGUCCGAAGAGGCGCGACAAGAAUGGAUGAAACGCGUCGCCCAGAGUUUCUCACCAUCUGACGCCAUUAGUUUAAUUAACGAUUUCACCAAGGCUGGCUACGUAUUCUUACGAGAUGGUGUUGCAACAUCAUGGGUGCAAUGCUGGCUACAACUGCGAGGGAAGGAGCUGGCCUUCUUCAGCGAGUCGGAUCAACAGUUUGAUGGGGCGGAUGUCAGAAAACUUGUUGGUUCAAAGCGCUUUGAGGAGAAUGGAUGUGCGGAAUGCUUUGAGAAAGGGUUCCACUUUGUGAUGGACUUCCCAGGAAGAGCGUGGUAUAUCCAAGCAGACUCUGUGGUAGAAACAGAAUCCUGGUAUUCCCUCAUAGAUAAAUGCACAAAGGAGAGUGGUAAUUCACUAGCAGAGCAGCAGCUGACAUCCGAAAAUGUGCCAAUCAUUGUUGAGAAGUGUCUGAGUUUUGUAGCAGCUCACGGCAUACAAGUCCAGGGAAUCUACCGACUGAAUGGCACUCACUCCAAGAUCAACAGGCUGCUACAGGACUUCCAUAAUGACGCCCGAUCUGUCCAUCUAAAGUUAGAAGACUACGAAGUCCACGAUGUCGCCAAUUGCUUGAAGCGAUUCUUCCGCACCCUAAACGAUCCCUUACUGACUUGUGGGCUCCACAAGAAUUUGGUUGAGGCAGCAGCACUAACAGAUCAUGAUUCCAAACUCCAGUUCUACCAUUUCUACUUGUCCAAACUGCCAUCUGUCAAUUACAUCACCUUGAGGAAGGUCAUCAUGCAUUUGAAUAGUGUUUCAGAACAGGAAUGUGUCAACAAGAUGGGCGUGACGAACCUCGCCAGCAUCUUUGGUCCCGCCCUGAUGGUGGUCGAUCAAGGUGAAAACACGGGCUAUGGAUCAACAAAUCACGAGAUUGCAUGUCUGGCAGAUUUGAUUCUCUACCACAAGUGGUUAUUUGAUAUUCAAGACACUGAGCGGCAUCUCGAAGAAAAGAUCCAGAUGGCCCAAGAAAAGAUCAAACGUGCAGCGACAGUGAAAGGUCAUGGUGGCGAUAUCAUGAUUCCGAUCUAUAUUGGGAAGAAGGCGCUUGAUCGCAGUCACAAUCAGCGCAUUCCAGCCACGAAGAUUGCCCAGGAGGUUGUUGAUUAUAUCGUGGAGACUGCUAAACUACCACAGAAAAAUUGGGCUUUGUUCGAGGUCAUUUGCAACGAUGAACUUGAGCGAGUGAUCCACAACAAUGAGAUGGUGCUGCCCAUCUUGAUGAAUUGGUCUCACUGGGAUCCUGAAUAUUCAGCGACGAGUUAUCUCUGCGUGAAAGAGAACAACUUGUACGACAAGUUGGACUUGGUGCUCGAUCCAACGCUCUCCCUGUUCAGUGAACUCAAACUGAGUGAGAAGAAAUCCUUUAAAAAGUUCUACUUUGAGUUCAAGCAGUCGAAGCUGGCGUAUUACAAGUCUGCUCAGGCAAGCAACCCAGUGGCUUCGUGGAAUGUGGAGGACCUUCUCAUUUAUAUUGGUGCUGAAAGCAAGAGGUCUACACCAACCAACUGGAAUAUCACGUUCAUCAAGGCAAGUGAAAAAGUGACCAGAAAUAAGGACACCCCAUUCUUUGGGCGGACAAUGUCAUGUAAUGCAGCAGAUGAGAUGUACCGUUGGAUGGCGAGCAUGAUCAGCGCCCAGCAUCCGGAGGGUCUCUUCCCACCUCGGCCGCUAAAGCACUCGAUGUCAGCACCUGGUUCGUCUCAUGUGCAGGGAGCAGCAGCGAAUACACGCGGUCAGAGGGUGCUACCAGAUAUCUCUGAGAUUAAGCUGAGGAAAACGAAAAUGUCUUAGGUCAAUAGAAACUUUUCCAAUUGAGAAAUUCAUUUCAAGACUGAGAAUUGGGAGUUUCAGUCGUAAACAUUAUCAUGGGCUUAUGGCAGAGGACUUCAGGAGAAUUCAUUCCUUGGACAUUACAAAGUUAGAGGCGAGAAACACAAUAGUAAUUGGGCAUGUGAGAUGAUGUAUGAUGAGAUGAUGUGACUCAAUUCAAUGAGGUAUAUCAGAUACUUGCAACAUUUGUACAGAAUUGCUAAUAAUUAAAUGUUCUUGUACAUCGUGUAUUUAUCAAAGUAGUGUCCAGUAUACAUAGUGUAAGUCAAGAAAUACUUAGUCUUUGUCGUGUAAACAAACUACAGGCAAUGUAUGUGUUUAUCCAAGUAUAAAUGAAAUAGGAUUCAUCUUCACCGUGUUCCCAAUACUUCAUCGAUUCUGAGGACAUCCAACUUAAACAUUAGAGUGCACAGUGAGUUAUAUUCAAUAUAAUUAUUCAAGUUUAUUCUUGCAUGUAUGUACUUGUCGAUUACAUUUAAUCUGUUGAUGUACAUGUAUAUAAGUGUAAUUUUAUAAGUGUUUGAAAAAUUGCAGGCUGUGGCUCUGCGUACAUGUAUGUUAGCUUAGAUAAUACCAACAACAGUCUAUUGUUAUUGUAUGUGAUUGUUGGCUAUUGUUGCAGAGAAUGUAUGUUCCCAAAGUCAUAUUAGAUCAUGAUCCCCGUUGGGUGGCGUUGUGUUUCAAGAGUGACUGUUGUUAACAAGGUGCCUUUAGUGAUGAAAGCAAUAAUUUCCCUACGAACUUGAACUGUGUCUCACAAGUGUAUUAAAGCUUAAAACGUAUAUAAAGCUUGCUUCCACAUACUCGUUUCCAAUGCAUACAUACUCCAGAAUUAACCACCUUAAUACAUACGAUGUAUUUCCUCAUCGAAAUCCUAUUCCUUGCGAUGGUGAAGUUUUCUUACAUUUGCAUGUAUAUAUGUGAUGGUGUCAGGCCCUGGAAUAGUGGUGCACUAAGUGUUCUAUGCAAUGAGUAGGCUAGGCCUGUCUUCAGGUGUUUUCACACUAGCUCGUCAGGUUGCACAUGCCAGUUAUUGGCUAGAAUAGGCUUGUCGGAAUCCCUUGUCCAACACGGCUAAAAGGUGUCUCUCGGCUCCUUUCACUCUUCAGUUUUUUCUGUCACAAUGAAGUCCAUAAGUCUGUCGUCACCUGUAAUGUUGUAAAUGUAUUCAAUGUAAUGAUCCAGUGUGGUUCAGUUAUCCAAGGUAAUUCAAUAUAUUUUUGCAAUUCACAAGGCCUUGUUGAAAUCGAUGCAAGAGAUAUUAACUUUUGGCUGAAUGCUUUAUGCAGCGAUGUGAUGCUAUGAAAUUUCUCUGUUGAUGUUAUGAACGCUCCAAAUUGGCAGAUGUUUAGAAAUGUUGUGCUACAAUGAUGCUUUACUGGAUAAACAAUACGAAUAAAAUCAAAUCAUGGUAUAAAUUGAGAA